AUGGCGGCGGGGCCGGAGGGGCCGGGACCCGAGGAGCCGCCGGGGCCCGGCGGGGCAGCACCGGAGGGGCCGGGACCCGAAGAGCGGGGACCCGGGGGGCCAGAAGCGGAGGAGCCGCCGGGGUCGGAGGAACCGGGACCGGGGGACCCAGGACCCAAGGAGCCGCCGGGGCCGGAGCUGAAGGAGCCGGGACCCGAGGGGCCAGAAGCGGAGGAGCGGCCGGGGCCAGUCCCGGAGCCCGCCCCCGAGCAGCCCGAGGUGCCGGAGGCCGCCCCCGGGGACCCCGAGGAGGAGGAGGAGGAGGAAGGCGGCGGCCCGGCGGCGGAGCAGCGGGAGCGGGCGGCGCUGCUGGCCGAGCACCGCGGGCUGGCGAGCGAGCGGGAGCGGCUGCGGCCGGCGGGCGCCGUCCUGCAGCUGCGGCUGGGCGAGCGGCUGCGGCUGCGGCGGGGCGAGCGGGCGGCGGCGGCAGGAGGCGGGCGGCGGGCGGCGGCCUACGGCGAGCGGCUGCGGGAGCUGCGGGAGCUGCGGGAGCUGCGGGAGCGGGCGGAGGCCGCCUGCGGGCAGCGGGUGAGGGCCCGCAGCGGGAGGUGCCGGGAGAGCGAGGCCCGGGCCGAGGAGCAGUGGGCGGCCUUCCGGCACAGCAAGAGGGCCCUGGCCCUCCGAGCCCUCGGCAGGAGGCUGGGCGGCCGGGCGGCGGCCGUGAAGGCGGUGGACGGCGUGCUGGCCAAGGAGCAGGCCAAGGAGAGAGCGGUGAGGGAGGUCCGCGUGGAAAACAUCAAGAUGAAGCUUGAAAUCCAAAGCCUUGAAGCGGUCUUGAAAGCCCAAGGAGAGCUGUUAAAAGGCCAGAGUUCUGUGGACUUUGAGUACCUGAAGAAAGAGAAUCAGAAGCUCGGCCAAAAGUUUGAUGACCUCUGUGGUGAAAUUCUGAAGCUCAAAAAGAAGGUAUCGACUGCAGUGCACAUUCUCAGCCACUACAGGGAGAAACUGCAGUUUGUGGAAGCUGAGAACCAAGUCAGAGAAGCCGAACUGAUGGACAUUGACAUCCUCUUGUCACAGAAGAGAGACUUCCUCACCAGAAAGAAACAGGCCAGGGACAGGCUGCGGGCAAGCACCCUGAAAUUGCAGCAGAAACGUGGGCUGGUUGGAAAUGAGGUACUGCUUCAGGACUUUGAGGAGAAGGUGGACACUCUGGAGUUGUUACGUCAGCAGCUGGAAACACUGAAAUGUCACCACGCUGGCCUGAUCCUUACACGUAGGGAAGUUCAGAAAAAAGUCAGGGAAGCCAAUUCAUUUUUACCUUUUUAGGCAAAGAAAGCACGGAAAAGAUAUACACCAAGGAGUUAUCUGUAAUUCUCAUUUUUAACAUGCUUCUUUUUGGUAAAUCCUAGGGAACAUAUUACAUGCAUACUCCUGAAAAAGACCUUUCUAAACGACAUCAAUACUUGGCAUUAAGUGAUUAUAGUACUCAUUUUUGAAUGAAACCAUAUACCUAUUUACUUUUUUUUAAAAAAGAAAACCAGUCGAAAGCCUACACUUCCAGAAAAUCACCUCUGUGCUCAGUCCUGUAAGGCCAUGGCGAUAUUGUUUAAGCAGAGCACUCACCGUACUCUGAUUCAAAUCUUGCUUCUACCACCCGUUUUGGUUCUUAUAAUUCAGUAUCAACUUCAUCCAUACAAUAAACCUACCCGCCUUCUAGGCAGGUCCUGGAUUAAAAAUAAUUAAUCUUACGGGUUACUUUUCAUAGAUGUGGCCGAGAACUGAAGAGAGAAAGAAGCAUACUGUGAAAGCCUAGCAUGACUCGCAUACAGCCAAUGCGCUGCGGAAGCACCAAAUCCCUCACCCAUUCUGUAAACAUAAUUGGCUGCAAAGUUUGUCUUGGUGGUGUACAAGAAGAAAGGUUUACUACUUUAAAAAUAUACAUCAAU